AUGAACUGCUCCCCGCGCGGGCUCCUCGAGGCUCGACGGCGCGCCGAGGCAGAGUCGCAGCGUCAAGGAUCGAGUGGAAGCCGAGGUGGCGGCGGCAAGGGUGGCGAUGAGCGGGCCCCGUGGCAAAAGGUGCUCUGGAGGCCCCAGCCGUACCCGGACAACUACGUGGCCCCCUCGUUUCUCGAUCAGCUGCGCACCAACACCUCGAUCCGCCUGCCCACCCUGGUCGAGCUGGUUCUGUCGUCGCUGCCCAUCUCGCAGCAGUUUCUCACGACGAUGCUCUUCGUCUCGGCCUUUAUCCACCUCUACUCGGGCCUCGUCACGGCACCCUCGCUGCUCGUCGUUUCGCUCAGCGCAUCGAUGCUCGCCUGGACCACGGUGCGGGUGCGCGACCGGGUCGAGUCGUCGUUGCAGCGUUGGCACCGCACUUCCUCGGCCGAACCGUCCGGCCCACGGCGCACCCGGCUGCAACGACGACGACGGCAACAAGGCCGCAGGGACACGAAUCCGGUGCUGGGGCUCGUGAUCCUGGGCUUUGUGCUGCUCUCGCUCUCGCCCGUGCUCAAGACGCUCACCGAGGCCACGACGAGCGACUCGAUCUGGGCGCUCUCGACGCUCCUCUUUUCGCUCCACCUCGUCCUGGCCGAUUACCGCCUUCCGCUUCCGCCUCCGUCUCCACCUUGCACACGGGCGUUGACCGAGGCUGGCGACGGCGGUGGCGGGGCAGGGACUGAGGGGUUUACGAGUGGACCGCCGAGGACGCUGGCUUCGACGCUCAGCCUCAAUGCGGCCGUGUGCGGCUCCGUCGUCCUGGCCUCCCGACUCCGGUCCGACGAAGAGGUGUUUGCCCUCGUCCUCUUUGCGGGUAUACUCUUUGGUCUCGGACCCAUCUGGCAGAAACGUCUCCUGUCGCCAGUCAAACCAUCGACUUGCGCUACUACAGCAACAGCAGGCGCGACCACGACGACGACGACGAGGAGGAGGACAGCGACACUCGUCGUCUACACGCUGCUCCUCUACGCCACCGUCAUGGCCUCGCUCCUACCCCUCGAUACCCGCGCCCCGGCCGCCUUUACCUCGUUGGCCGUGGCAUUCGUCUCGGGCCUCUGUCCCGCCUGGAUGCGCUGGGCCCAGCGAUGGAAGAUGGAAAUCAAGGGGCCCUGGGAUCCCGCCGUGCCCGUCUUGUCCAAUCGAGGUCGGGGUGGGUGA